UCUCUCUUCCCCUGUUAUCCUCUCUCUCUCUCUCUCUAACAUCAGCCACCACAAGAACGACAACGUCCGUUUUCAGAGAUCUUGCUCUUAGCAAGUAGCUGCUGCUUCCUGCUUCCUGCUUCCUGCUUCCUGCUUCAGCUGCAGCCGCCGGUGUUCUUUUCUUCUUUAUUGAUUGGAGCACAGAGGGAGAGAGAGAGAAGGGAAAAUCAACAGAGAUUGGUUGGUUGGUUGGUUAAAGUAUGUAUCAUCAUCACCCAUCGUCCUCGUCUUCCUCCUCCCACUCCCAGAAAUCUAUGGGCUCGAGCGGCGGCGGCGGCGGCGGCGGUAGUAGUGGUGGGGGUGGUGGUCUAACCCGCUACAGCUCAGCUCCAGGGUCUCUCUUGGCCAACGCCGUCGAUUCCGUCAUUGGCAACCCCAACGGCGGCCACGGCGACUUCUCCGCCCUCGGAUCCUCCUCCUCCUCCGUCCAGCCGCCGCGCCGCCACCACCCACAUCCACCUCCCCCGCCUUCCUUCUUGGGCCACUACUUCUCCGCGGACUCUUCUUCUCUGACCUCCGAGUCAACCUGCAAAGUCAACCCCUCCAACGGCGACCACCAGCACCCUCCAAAGGACAACAAAACCACAGGGUUGCAGAGGGCCUUCGGGUUGAACGACUUUGGGGUUGGGAUUGGGUCUUCCUCCGCCUCUCCUCGUCCUUCCUCUUCCUCUCUGCUGAGGCAGAGAAGCUCCCCUGCUGGCUUCCUGUCCCACCACACUCCUGAUACAGCAGGAUUUUCACUUACCCAAGGGGCUGGAAGCUCUAAUGGUGGUCAUGGAUUUUCCAGGUUGAAGCCUCAAUUGAGCUUCACUAGACAAGAGUCACUUUCUCAUAUUUCUGAAGUAAGUGAAAAUGCUGUCGAAGGUGUAAGCCCAGACAAUGGCCACCAAGGCACUACACAUUCCUAUGCCACUACAAGCUUUGGCAUAGACUGGGAGAACAGUAACUCCAUCGUUUUUUCUCCGCCCUCAGGAAAACGUGCCAAGAAUGUCGAUGGAGAUAUGUACAGCUUUAACCCCUUAGAAACUCAGUUUAGCUUGCCCCAGACAACUCUUGAGAUGGCCACUGUAGAGAAUCUCCUCCAUAUUCCUGAAGACUCAGUUCCCUGCAAAAUUCGUGCAAAGCGUGGCUGUGCAACUCACCCCCGAAGUAUCGCUGAACGGGAAAGAAGAACAAGAAUAAGUGGGAGGCUGAAGAAACUGCAGGAGCUUGUCCCAAACAUGGAUAAGCAAACAAGCUAUUCAGACAUGCUUGAUUUGGCUGUUCAGCAUAUCAAAACCCUUCAGAAUCAGGUUCAGAAGCUUCACCAUGAUCUUGAUAACUGCACAUGCGGGUGCAAGCCAAGCUCAUAGCAUUUGCAGAUGGAAGAUGAUGAUGCAAGGUUUCAAAGCAAAAGACGGCGGUGUUGCUGGAACCUAGCAGAACUAAUUUUUGUCAUGCUGUCGAGUUAGGCAGAAUAAUGCAGAUUUUAGUGAGCUCAGACAUGUACAUAAAUUACAGCUCGAGUGUUUAAAGGUAGUCGAUUGGGAAACUAAGUUGAUCUAUUUUAAUUUCCUUCUCCUAGCGGAUCGUGUAAAAUAGAGUUUAUUUCAUCUUCGGCCUUCGGUGAAAGCAUCAUUUUCCUUAAAUAAAAUUCGGUGAAGUUUUGUCGCAGGGUAUAUAUAGAUGUCACAAUGUAUUUCUGUGUUGAAA